AUGGCGGACAGGCCGCGAACGCCGCGGCCCCGCACGGCUCUUUCUGGCCCCGGCUCCCAUCACGUUUCCCCCUCCCCCCGCCACGCGCGGAUCCCGACCCGUCACGCACGCAGCCCCGCCCACAGCCUGCGGCCCGCAGCCAGGCGGCCGGCCGGCCGUCCACCGCGCGCGCGCGCGCCCCGGACGCCUCCCGCCCGCCGUCCCGCGCGGCCUGCGCGCCGCCCGGGGAGUGACGCCCUUCUCGGGCCCGCCCGCCGUGCCGCCGAACCCGGGUUACCUGGGCAGGCUGCCUGGCGGAGGGAGCCAGGGCCGGGCCGGGGCCGCCUCACACCCGCGGCGGCGGGGGCGGACCCUCCGCGCACACUCUGGCGGGGAGGCGCGCGGGCGGGGGCGCGCGCGGAUUGGUCAGCGGGUCUUGAUGGGCAGGUCGAUCCCGCCCCCUCCCUCCCUCCCUCCCUACAAGGCCGCUCUUGCGACAGCUGUGCGAACCUCUCGGGAGCCAAAGUGGCCUUCGAGGAUGGGCUCCUUGGGAGCCGCCCGCCCGCCCGCCCGCUGCAGAACCCAGGCCCGUUUCCCGCCCCCCUCCAAGCCCCCUUCCUGCAAAUGCUUUCCGAAGCUUCGCAUCUUCUAGAUCUUCUUUAG